AUGAAUUACUUUCCUGACCUCUACAUCUUUGGUGUUCCCCCUUUUUUAGGCAUUCGACCUGAACUCAGCGUCGAGGACAAGCGGGUGAAACUGAAGUUGGCUAAGUGUAAUCCAGAGAGGUACUCUAAGCUCCUUAAGCCUUGGGAAUUAGAAAGGCAGGGAUUCGACCCUCCUCCAAUCCCACUUUCCUUUAUCCAACCUAAGGACAUAGAAGGGUCUUCUACAAUGAAGCCUACCCCUGAGAUGCUCCAAGCUAAGGUAGAGCUAUUGAAGAAGAAAAACAAGGGUGGUACCAAGCGCAAGGCUGAGGGCAGUUUUGGUGGGAGCCUAGUUACUCGAGCUAAGGUUCAGAAAAUGGGUACUUCCUCUGCCUUUGCCUCUAUCCAGAAAGCUCCACCAUCCCCCCUACAUGCUUCGCUAACCUCAGGACUUCCUUUCCCCCAAGGGACCCGACCUGCCACUGAAGAUGCUCCUGGGCGAGACCAGUCCUCCCCUUCUGCAUCUGAAGUUGAGAGGGCCUUGGAGACUGCUCGCACUUUUUCUGGUUGUGUUGCUUUUGCAUCAACCAAGGAGACCUCCCAACCUCUUAUGACAGGCAAAGGGGUCUUUUCAAAAUCUGAGAAUUCUCUUAUUACCGAUGUGAAGCAUGUUGUAGAGGCCAUUGCCUCCAUUAUCCCAGAGUCUGACAUUGAUGCGACCACUUUUGUACCCCUAGAAACCUGUGUUUCCACUGCGUUGUAUGGCUGUACCUCGACCGCCAUUCAAAUAAGUAGCUUGUUAAAGCGAAUCCAAGCCCUGGAGGGGUCGGCCAAUGCUUCCAAAGCUUUUGAGAUGAAACAAGAGGAGCUCAGCAAGACUAAGGAAGACCUCUGGUCAAAAAUUGAUGACUGGAUCGAGGAGAGCCGGAAGUCCCUUGAUGCUCUGGCUUUCUUCAGGAACAUGAAGAAGGAGUACGAGGUGCUAGCAGAGGCCAAUGAUGCUGUCAGGGAGGAGUUAGGGGCUGCUAGGGAGGCGCUGGAGGGUAUAGCUGAAAGGACUUACCUUGAACUGAACUUUGACUUUUUAAUUCCCCCUGAGGAAGAGGCCGAGGGGUCUGAUGAAGAAGAGGAUGAUGCUUUUGCUCCUCCUAUUUUCAAAGAUGUGCCCAUAGACUCUGGAGGGCUCAUUCCUCUAGUUGGGACUUCAGCUCAAGAUGCUUCUGCCUCCUUAGGCAUCUCUACUCCCCUGGCUGCUGAGCCUGCUUCUUCCCUCCCUACUGAGCUGGCCACAAGAGCCUUGGUUGAAUCUGAGGUCCCUGCCUCUUUGCCUGCUCUUGGCCCUCAUGAAACUUCAACUGUUGUUGUGCCAGAGAGGUCGUCUGUUGAGCUGGAGAGCCCUUCUUCCAUUCCUCAUGUUGAGACAUCAGCUACUGCACUGCAAGGCCCUUCAUCUACUCUCCCUUCAAAAACUUAA